AUGCUUACAAAAAUUAAUAUCCCCAACAUCUACAUCAUCGGCCCUCAAUCGACAGGCAAAACUACCCUGGUCCACAAGCUACAGGAUGACCUGCAGCACUGGGCCGAGCCCAAAAAACCACACAUCAUCUCCGAAGUAGCCAGAACCGUUCUUACAAAGCACAACUACUCAGCUCACGACAUCCAAACAUCACCAACAAGAUGUCUUGAACUACAGCAACUCAUCCUAGAAGCCCAAGCAAUCGCUGAGAAAGACGCUCUGGAAACCUCUAGAUGGUUCAUCUCUGAUCGAUCUGGUAUUGAUCCAUUAGUUUAUGCAAAACGAUACGCCUCACUCCAAGGGAUUCAAGACUUGCAGAAAUUACCUGUGUGGGCUGAAAUCAAAGAAAGAAUGGAACACUCUUUGAUUGUGGUUUGUGAGGCGGGGACGCCUUGGUUGACGAACGAUGGGGUACGAUUGAUGCCUGAUAGCAACGACGAGUGGAUGGGUGUGUUUCACGACUUUUGCACAUUGUUGGAUCAGCUGGGUCUCAAUUAUUCCGCCCUUCCUCGAACCAUGCUUUACUUGUCAAAGCGGGCAGACUUUAUUUGGGGGUUGUGGGAAGUUGCCCAUUUGCCUGAAGAAAUGAAAGUCAUCACGGGGGGUCGGAUUGAAAUUGAGAACAGUGUAAAUUGA